AUGCUUGGAAUUUUCAAAUCAACGCCACGAGGAGACGAAGCUGGAUGCGGAGAGAUAAUCGAAGCCGACAAAAAGCCAAAGUCGUUGCAACUAAUGUUUUGGAAUCCGGAUCCGAAAAAACAGUUGGAUGGGUACAGCAAAUGCUCGCCAGAAAAUACCAUAGUAGUCAUUAGACCUACAUCGAUGGCAGCAUUCCGUGGAGAUCUGAACGGCUGCACACUUUCGGGCAUUGAAAUAAAAGCGCAGCUGAAUCAGACCCUCACUGGUUACAGGAUUUGCUCUGAGGAUACUGAAGAAUGGACAUUCAAAUCCCAAACUAACCUUGUUCCUAUAAUUACCUAUACACGUGACACAAUGUGGAGUGUGGCUGCU